CCCAUCCACCAACAAUCUCACCACCACCCCUUGGAUUUCCAAAUCCAUUUUAAAAAAAAACCUUGCGCACGUAUUCUCUGUGCCGGCAGAUCGAUCGACGCAUUCCCUGGAUUCUCUUUCAUCUUCCAACUACACACCUUCUUCAUCUUUCAAGUAUUCUCCAGAUACGAUUUUCUCCAAAUUUUUAUGUCUUUCUCACGUAUUCAUCUGUCUACAAAUAUCUGAUUUGUAAACUUUUUCAAUUUCAUUCUCUGAAGUUCGUAUUCAUUAAAAAGCAGCAUGUUUUUAUAAAACCUGCGCACACUUAUUCAUAUUAAAAACAUGUUUUUUAACAGUCCAUGCGUAUUCAAUAAAACACUUCAUUCUCUUAAGUGCGCAUUCAUAUAAAAACAGCAUGUUUUUAUAAAAACAGGUCAUGCUUGAAUAUGUUUUUACAGUCCAUGCGUAUUCAUCAUAUACGGAGUAUAUGAAUAUGUUCUUACCUCAAAUAAAAAACAUGUUGUUAAUAUGUUUUUAAACAUGCUGUUAAAAACAUGCUCGUGGUAGUCACAUACUCGAUAUCAUCUCAUUUAUAAAUGGAUCUGUUGGCUUGAAGGGCUGAAAUAUACUAUUAUUUUAUAUUAAAAUAUUUUAUCAUCAAAAUAUUCUGAUGACUUUUACGACGGCGGUUUGCAGCGGCUGAGCAAGUGUGGGGGUGGGGAACUAGGGCAGCGGUUUGCACCGGCUUGUAUUACAAAUCUAUUGAAAUCCAUAUGAUUCCAUGAAAUAAAAUUCCAUAGAAUUCCAUAUGAAUCUCAUGGAAUCUGUAGAAUUCGUUUAAAAUGCAUAGAAUCUACAAUCAUUUAAAAUCCUUUAAAAUCCCACUUGAGGACACCCCCGGAAGAUUAUCUAUUACGACAGUAUUUUGCAAGGGAGCUGUUGAAGGUGUGGCUGUAGAAUCAUGGCUAAAACAAGGCAUCAAAAGUCCAAACCAAGUAACAAGCAGAACAAAGUAGGACUGGUCACUAUUCGUCUGUUUCCUAUUUCUACUUCACUCGUUCCCCCGAUCACCCUGGACUACUGUAUUGUUGAACUCCGACCCUUUUACUGCUAAAAGCGUUUUAGCAAAUGAUUCAUAGUCAAAUUGUUUAAAAAAGUGUUCUUUAAUCGAUACAUUCAUAUAACAGAUAAAAAAGCAUGGGAAGAAUGUCGAUAUAUCUGAAUUCCAAGCACAGGUCGACGCUUUGGGCUUAAAGAUUAUUCAAGUUACCGCAGAUGGUAACUGUUUCUUCAGAGCAGUAGCUGAUCAGUUAGAAGGCUGUGAAGACCAGCAUGAAAAAUACCGGAGUAUGGUUGUGCAAUACAUCAGGAGGAAUCGUGAGAGGUUUGAGCCUUUUAUUGAAGAUGAGGUGCCAUUUGUUGACUAUUGUGAAUCAAUGGAAAAGGAUGGGACUUGGGCAGGGCACAUGGAACUACAAGCUGCUUCUCUUGUUACUCACAGUAACAUAUGCAUUCAUCGACUCAGGUCGCCUCGCUGGUACAUACAAAAUUUUGACAAUCAUGAAGCUGUGAUGAUCCAUCUUUCUUAUCAUGAUGGAGAGCAUUAUAAUAGUGUUAGAUUGAAAGAAGACACAUGCAGUGGACCAGCUAGGCCAAUAAUCAUCAAGGCUGAUGCUGAUAUUUCAGCAAAACCCUCCAGUCAAUCUGUAAAGACUUCCACCAAAGCUGUUAGGAAGUGUGUUAAAUCAGUUAUGUCCGGAAGUGGGUGUGAGGACGCCUUAAAAGCUGAGCAGGCUCUACAGCAAGUAGGUGAUGAUGUGGAUGCUGCGAUUGAAUUUCUUAUAGCAGAACAAGGAUCUGAAAUUCAGUUUUUUGCAAAUAAUGGAUCUGGAUGUUUAGAUCACUCUUUUCAUGGUAAUGGUCGGUCAGUACAUUUUUACAUUCUUCUACAUGGUAUCAUCUACACCUACUCCCUCCAUCCAAAAGAAAGAAGCCCCAAAGAGGAAUCUUAGUUCAAUAUGAUAGUUUAACCCAUUAUAACAGUAUCCACUAGGUUAAAAUGCAAUAUAUAAGUAUGUGAUAAAUAUAUAAUCUUAAGCAUUGUUUUGGAUCAGUCAAGUACUUAGCUUAACAUGGUAAGAAGUCCACUUAUUUGUUUACAUCUUUAGGCGUCUCAUCCAAUUUAGACCGAAGGUGCGUUGAGUACAGAAACACAAAAGGGGACAUGCCAUUUUUUUGAAUCUAAAAUCCAUUGUAAUAGUAAUAAUGUUUCUUUAAUUUAUCUAAAGGUUUCCUAUGAUUUUCCAAAACACAGUCACGAAGAUGCCAUCACUGAAAUUUUUUCGGGCAUCAUAAGUGUUGAUAAUUGAUAUUGGUUGUCUAUUAUGUUUUGGUAUAAAAUGUUAGUGUAGGUAGUAGGUACACAUCAUCUCUUAAGGAUUCCUUUGGUAUGAGUUAGAUGGGUACACCUAAUUUAAUAUGGUAUCAUAGUUUGUUUUGAUGUGAUUUUGAGACGUCUUCCUACCCAAUGGUUUGUCCCCUUCGUCUGCGGUCAGCUGGAUUAAUGCUUUUACAUCUUUAGUUGUCUCGAUAUCCUGCAUUGUUUGGGUGACAUGGUGUAUUAAGUAUAUCAUACAAGUAUUAUUUUUCUACUUGGUUUGAGUCUUAAAGUGUAAAGUGAUGCCCGCAUCUAAGGAUCCAUUUGGAGCUACACUCAAUGUAACAUUUUAUGAGCAAUGUGACUUAUUUUAAGAGUUACGAUUAGCCAAAUUAAAUAACAUCACCUUGGAUCAAACAUAACUCUUUUUUGUGUGAGAUAGAUUAUCAUACCCCUCAUGCUCGCAUUAUUGCUUUUCUGUUUAGUAGUCUACUAGUCUAUGAUCGCACAACAACAGAUCGACAUGUCUGUAAAUCUAUACUCUAUAUAUCCCCUCUACAUUUACAUGUCUUUAGAAUAUUGUGCAUCUUUCAUUCUUUCCAGAUUUCAGUGAACACUUUCAAAUUCCAACUACCAAUUACAUUUUACAAAAUUUGGGCACAACUCGCUUUUCUUCUGAUACUGGUUAUUAGUGGCAUGUGACUUUGAAGGAAACUGUGAUAAUAAAAAUUUGGAAACUGAGGAAUCUACGUCUGGGCGUCAUUCAUCUAACCAUGGCAUAGAAGGCAAUCAAAAUAAACGUGAUCUGCAGCUAGAUGAAAAGAAAACUCCCCGAAAUAAGGCAUGCCCCUGUGGUUCAAAGAAGAAAUACAAGUCUUGUUGUGGUUCUGUUGCUGGGAAGACUUCUGCCAGACUGACAGUUAACGAUAAUGGAAAAGGGAGAAAAGACAAAAAGCAAGGAAAGAACGGUAGACCUGCAAACGUUGCAGGUUCUAAUCAUCAAUCUGAUGCUCCUGAACUACCUGAUAUGGGUGCACUUUGUAUAUGAUACUUUUGUAUAAUAAUGCAGAUGUCUCUUUCAAAUCUCCAAAAUCGAAUCUCAACAUAUAAAGAUCCAAACAUGUGACUUGCAAUUCAUUUGCCCUUUGAAAGAUAUUGGUGUUUGGGAAAUGAUCUACUACGUAUAAGCUU